AUGGCAACAUGGAGCAGACAAGGCAUUAGAUUCCCUAACGACGUAGAAAAUAAAAAUGGUGAGAAUACAAUAAGAGAACGAUCCAGCAAUCCAGCAAAUUUUGCGGCCAAAGAUGAAGUGAUUCUCAAUGCCAUCCCUGGAAAGAAGAGGGAAGGAGAUGCUGCUGUCGCUCUGCUGAGCGUUUCUCCGAAUAGUGAGACAAGCGUUUUGCGCGUGACCUGA